AGCUUCUCUGCCAGUUGGCGCUCCCCCUUCCUGCCCCGCCCGGUGGCGGAGCCCCCCCCCCCUCCGCGCGCUCGAGCGGGCCGCGGGGAUGUCGUGCUGCCCCGCGAGCGCGGCACCGUACUUGGCGCUGGACUACGAGGCGAAGGGCAAGUUCGGGGAGGCGGACGGCGUGAAGUACUACAAGGCCGGAAGGCCCAGCCAGCGCGGUCUCCUGCUGCUGCCCGACAUCUGGGGCUGGAACACCGGCCGCAUCCGCGCGAUCGCGGACGACUUCUCCAGGAAAGGCCUGCUCGUUUACAUUCCCAAGGUGCUGGACGCCUUCGAGGGUGGCACAGACGAUGACGGCCUGCCACCCGCUUUCGACCUGUCGGAGCGCGGGUCCGAACUCGGGCCGCUGCUGAAGGGCGCCUGGAACGUCGAGGUGGUGCUGCCGAAGACGCUAAAGGUGGUGGAGGCCAUGAAGGCGGCUGGCGUCAAAAAGUUCGGCGUCAUUGGCUUCUGCUAUGGCGCCUGGCUGGGUAUGCACCUCUCCAAGG